CGUAAGGAGGGCCCGGAUCGUGUAGGCCAAUCGCGCUGCUCCCGGGCAACGAUAUAAACUGCACUUGUGCAUGCGCAGGGCGGGGAGACCUUGGCGAAGCUGUAGAGGCGUUUCGCGGUUGUGAGAGCAUUUGCCAAAAGGAAAGUAACGUGGGAAAAUGCAGAGCUGGAGUCGGGUGUACUCCUCCUUGGCCAAGAGAGGCCAUUUAAGUCGAAUAUCUCAUGGCCUACAGGGAGUUUCUGCAGUGCCUUUGAGAACUUACACAGAUCAACCAAAUAAUGCUGAUGUAACAGUGAUAGGUUCUGGUCCUGGAGGAUAUGUUGCUGCUAUUAAAGCUGCCCAGUUAGGCUUCAAGACGGUCUGUAUUGAAAAAAAUGAAACCCUUGGUGGAACAUGUUUGAAUGUCGGUUGUAUUCCUUCUAAGGCUUUAUUGAAUAACUCUCAUUAUUACCAUAUGGCUCAUGGAAAAGAUUUUGCAUCUAGGGGAAUUGAAGUGCCUGAAGUUCGCUUGAAUUUAGAGAAGAUGAUGGAGCAGAAGAGUACUGCAGUAAAAGCUUUAACAGGUGGAAUUGCCCACUUAUUCAAACAGAAUAAGGUUGUUCAUGUAAAUGGAUAUGGAAAGAUAACUGGCAAAAACCAGGUCACUGCUACGAAACCCGAUGGCAGCACUCAAGUUAUUGAUACAAAGAACAUUCUUAUAGCUACAGGUUCAGAAGUUACUCCCUUUCCUGGAAUCACGAUUGAUGAAGAUACAAUAGUGUCAUCUACAGGUGCUUUAUCUUUAAAAAAAGUUCCAGAAAAGAUGAUUGUGAUUGGUGCAGGAGUAAUAGGUGUAGAAUUGGGUUCAGUUUGGCAAAGACUUGGUGCAGAUGUGACAGCAGUUGAGUUUUUGGGUCAUGUUGGUGGAGUUGGAAUUGAUAUGGAAAUAUCUAAAAACUUUCAACGUGUCCUUCAAAAACAGGGAUUUAAAUUUAAAUUGAAUACAAAGGUUACUGGUGCUACCAAGAAGUCAGAUGGAAAUAUCAAUGUUUUAAUUGAAGCUGCUUCUGGUGGUAAAGCUGAAGUUCUCACUUGUGAUGUACUCUUGGUUUGCAUUGGUCGACGACCCUUUACUCAGAAUUUAGGACUAGAGGAGCUUGGCAUUGAACUUGAUUCCAGAGGUAGAAUUCCAGUCAAUUCCAGAUUCCAAACUAAAAUUCCAAAUAUCUAUGCUAUUGGUGAUGUGGUUGCUGGUCCAAUGCUGGCCCACAAAGCAGAAGAUGAAGGCAUUAUCUGUGUCGAAGGAAUGGCUGGUGGUGCUGUGCACAUUGACUACAAUUGUGUGCCAUCAGUGAUUUACACACAUCCUGAAGUUGCUUGGGUUGGCAAAUCAGAGGAGCAGUUGAAAGAGGAGGGUAUUGAGUACAAAGUUGGGAAAUUCCCAUUUGCUGCGAACAGCAGAGCUAAGACAAAUGCUGACACAGAUGGCAUGGUGAAGAUUCUUGGGCAGAAAUCCACGGACAGAGUAUUAGGAGCACAUAUUCUAGGACCAGGUGCUGGAGAAAUGGUAAAUGAAGCUGCUCUUGCUUUGGAAUAUGGAGCAUCCUGUGAAGAUAUAGCUAGAGUCUGUCAUGCACAUCCGACUUUAUCAGAAGCUUUUAGAGAAGCAAACCUGGCUGCAUCAUUUGGCAAGGCGAUCAACUUUUAAGUUAGAUUUUUUUUUCCUGAAAUUUCCAGGAAGCUUUCAUAAAGGUCACAUUUCUGAACAGAAAUUGCUCAUGGAUGCAAGAAUUUCUCGAACUGAAUUAAGAAACUUUUGGAAGGUAUUUAUUCCAUUCUGUCCAAAUCUAUUAAUCUCACAUUUCUAUUUUAAAUAAAUUUAAUAUUGUUUCAGUGCAUCAGCCCAUGGUUUCAUGCUGUUUAUGAAAGGUUCAAUGUCACUGAAUUUAUAUUAAGCAUCUUUUACCCCUUAUACAGUAAAGUUGAAUUUACUUACUUGGAUUUUUAACCAGUUUUCAUAUUGGAAACAGAAGUGAAGUCAUUCAGCUAAGAUUCAAAUACGUAUAAACUGAAUAGAUAGAUGUAAAUUGAAAAAUGGUCUCACUCACUUAAACCUCCAAAUUCUUAUAGAGGCAGAAUUUAUGUAUUUGAGAUUUCUUAAGGUUCCAUUGAAGUCUACAAGUAUGAACGACAGUUACCUAAAUUAAUGAGGUUUAUCUACGAGACUCAGCUGUUAAAGGGAGACUCAAAUGUAUUAUAAUGGAAUGAAGAUAUGGAAAUAAAAGGGAGACUCAAAUGUAUUAUAAUGGAAUGAAGAUAUGGAAAUAAACAUGUCAAACAUUC